CCCGAUAAUUUCAAACAUCGCGACCGACAUUUUCUCUUCUUCUUCUUCUUCUUCUUCAUCUCCGGCAACAAUGGCGAUCUCCGGCGAUGUAAAACUCCUGAGCUUGUGGUCGAGUCCGUACGCGAUGCGAGCAAUGAUCGCUCUAGGAUUAAAAUCCGUUAGCUACGAGCUCCAAGAGGAGAUUCUCGCGUCCAAGAGCGAGCUUCUUCUCCGAUCCAACCCUGUUCACAAGAAGGUCCCAGUUCUGAUCCACAAAAAUAAACCGGUUUGUGAGUCUCUCAUCAUCGUUGAGUACAUCGACGAGGUUUGGAGCUCAUCUGGCCCGUCCUUUCUCCCCUCAGAUCCGUACGACCGAGCCGUCGCUAGGUUUUGGGGUGCUUAUAUCGACGAAAAGUUUUUCGCCACUUUGAGGGAGAUCCUAAGGGCGGAGGGAGAAGAGGCGAAGAGGGCAGCCAUGGCUAAAGCAGAAGAACAGUUAGCCCUUCUGGAUAAGGCGUUUGCAGAGAGCAGCAACGGAAAUCCGUUCUUCAAUGGUGGUCAUAUCGGGUAUGUCGACAUCGCCCUCGGAUCUAUACUGGCGUGGGUGAGUGUCAUAGAACUGGUGUUCGGCCGUACGCUCGUGGACGAGACCAAAACUCCGGUCCUGUCCAAAUGGGCAGAGAGGUUCCGCAGCGAUCCUGUCGUCAGAUCGGCCAUGCCCGAGACCGAGAAGCUGGUCGAGUACGCGAAGAAGGUGUUCCCCAAGCUGUUGCCAGCUUAACUUGAGGUGCUGGAUUUUCAUAUAAAUGUGGUUUUAGAGUAAUACUUUUUGCUCCAAAAAAGAGUCAAAAGGGGUCGUUUUUUCGAUUCAAAAGGAAAUUAGGAAAAAAAACAUGUAAUUUUAUUUUGAGCGUUCUAGUUGAACUCUUUCUAUUUCAAAAUAAAAUCCGAAAAUUUUAAAACCGUCU